CCAAGAGUGAGUCAAGUAUGCGGCCACUUAUGACAAGCUGCGAUCUUUGACGAGACUGUCAACAUUCCUUCUUCAGAUGGACAUGGCUUUACCUGCUCUGCAUCUUUAAACUCUUUAACAUCAGGAUCUUUGUUGCGAAACCCUUUCUGGCACCAUGCCGUGCGUCCAGACCCAGUGCAGCUCCUCUCCUCAAGGAGCCAGUCCAGCAUCUCAGAGCUCCGGCGUCGAGCGCAGCUGCGACCUCCUCACCGCAGAGUUCGUCAAAUUUAGCAUGGACUUAACAAACAGUGAAGUUUCGGCCUCCUCAUCUGGCCCCAAUUUAGGAUGUCUGGGGGACACAUACAGCUGCGGUUACGAUGUGAAGUCUCCGUGUCUCUUCCAGGUGCCAGUUCAGGGGGAACACCCGUGCGUAAAAGUGGAGGACGCGCAUGGUUGUCCGCGGUUUCAACCGAAUCAGCACCAAACCCAUCAAUCAGAGGAGCUGCUCUCUGGCGCCGGUUCCGUUUACUAUUACCGCGCUCCAUCUCCACACCGCUCCUCCAACUUUCAGACUGUAUCUUGGGAAGAUACCGGCUCCUUUUACUCCUUCCGACAGGACUAUCUGGCGGCGACGCACAGGAAGAGCGCACUUUCCAAAUUCUCUCUGUUUUCACUCAAACACACGCAGCAGAGCAGUCCGAGUUUGUCCACGUGUCAUAUGAAAUUCGACGGCUCCCUCAGCGUGCCCAUGAACACGCCAAAUUCGCACCAGGUAUUUGACAGAGCUGAGAUAUUUGGCAAGCAGCCGGGCGCGGGCUUCUCUCAUCCGUUGCAGCUCGGCCACAGUCACCACUUCAUGGACUACACAACUGCUCCAAUGAACCGGCCAUCGCUGAGCACGGAGGGUCUGUGCGCGGUGUGCGGGGAUAACGCUGCUUGCCAACACUACGGGGUGCGCACCUGCGAGGGAUGCAAGGGCUUCUUCAAGAGGACUGUGCAGAAGAAUGCUAAGUACGUGUGUUUGGCCGCCAAGAACUGCCCAGUGGACAAACGCAGGAGGAACCGUUGCCAAUACUGUCGCUUCCAGAAAUGUCUUGCUGUAGGAAUGGUCAAAGAAGUGGUGCGGACUGACAACUUGAAAGGUCGCAGAGGUCGCCUGCCCUCAAAGCCCAAAGUUUCUCUUGAUUCAUCCUCACCCGUCAGCAGCUUGUUAAGCGCCCUUGUGAGAGCGUACAUGGACUCGAACCCAGCACCUUCACGGUUGGACUUCUCAAAAUUCCAAGAUGGCCCGGAAGUCUCAGUCGGAGAUGACGCUCAGCAUGUUCACCAGUUCUACGACCUCCUCACCAGAUCAAUGGAGGUGAUACGUGGUUGGGCCCAGAAGAUACCAGGCUUCAUUUUACUGCCAAGGCACGACCAAGAGCUACUGUUCUAUUCUGCUUUCCUGGAGCUCUUUGUCCUACGCCUGGCUUACAGAUCCAAUCCUGAGGAAGGAAAACUGAUCUUCUGCGAUGGAUCUGUGUGGCACCGGCUCCAGUGCCUGCGGGGCUUUGGAGAAUGGAUCGACAGCAUCAUGGAGUUUUCAGCCAACUUGCAGAAGAUGAACCUGGAUGUCUCAACCUUCGCCUGCAUAUGCACCUUGGCACUGGUGACUGAGCGGCACGGACUGAAGGAGCCAAAGAAAGUGGAGGAACUUCAGAACAACGUCAUUAAAUGCUUAAAAGGUGGGGGGACAUCCAGCGACAGAGAUUCUGGCUGCUGGUCAAAUCACUUGUCCAGACUUUUGGAAAAGCUGCCCGAACUCCGUACCUUGUGCAUCCAAGGCCUGCAGCGAAUUUUCUAUCUGAAGCUGGAGGACUUGGUGCCACCGCCUGCCAUUAUAGAUAAGUUAUUCCUCGACACCCUGCCAUUCUAGAUGGAAAAUGACUGAAUACCUCAUUUUGCGCCUUCACAUUAUUUCAUGUUUACAUCAGUGAUUUGAUGCACUCGAUGACUAGAAGUCAUUUGUUCCAAUAAAUAAAACAGCUAACUCUUUAAACUUUGAAUUGUUGAUCAUAUUGACCAUUGAUCUGCAUCAGUCUAAAACAAAAUGCUUGAUUUAAAAAUAAUACGAUCACGUUUUGGUACUUGAUAACUUAAAUGAAUUUAUACUAUUUAU